GUCAUAUCGAGGACUUUUAGGAUAUGAACAUGCAUGAUCAUAUGGUCAUAAUGGGAUGCCGUCCGGGUGACAAACAUUCGAUCCAUCCUUGAUCGACAGUCUCUAAAUCUGUGUGAUUUGUGCAUGGUCGCCAUUAUCAGACGCUCCUAGUGUCGCUCCAACCAUACUGGACUGAGGACUAAAGCAUCGGUUUUGACGCUGGUCGUCUUACUUCAGGAAGUCGCUGAGCAGUUAAUCGGGAGGCAAUCCUCCAUCGGCGACAGGGGCGUUCAACGAUGGCUUCGUCAACCUCCGAAGUCUGUGUUAUCCACGGCGGUUCAGCCUUUUCCGAAUUUCGCCGUCAGGCGCUCGCCCAUUUAGUUGGCGCCCAAGAUGUACAGGGUCAAUAUAUCCAUUACAUUGAGCUCACAUCGGCUCUCGACUCGGAAAAUCAGGCUCUCUUGGAAAAGCUUUUGACCAAUGGUCUGACGGUGAAAGAAACUGCACAAGAAGAUGAGUCGUCGAAAAUCCUUUAUGUCUUACCUAGACCCGGAAACAUUUCCCCCUGGAGUACCAAAGCGACCAGCAUUGCUCAUGUGUGUGGCCUUCGCAAGGUCAUUUCCAGAAUCGAACGCGGUAUCAAGAUUACUGUUUCACUUACCAAUGGUCAAUCUCUCGACAAGGCUGCACUUGACUUCCUUCACGACCGAAUGACGGAGACCAUCUCGGAAGAACAGCCUGAUUUAGAUUUAUUGUUUUUGCACCAAGAGACUGGCUCUUUGGGAGUAUACGACCUCUACGAUGCUGGAAGAUCACCCACGGAGAUCCUGCAGAACCUGAACCGAGAGCUCGGGCUUGCCUUGGAUGCUUCAGAAAUCCAGUAUCUUGCCGAAGCGUAUUCUAGGGACGGACCAGUGCCGAGGCAUCCGACCGAUGUUGAGCUGUUCAUGUUCGCUCAGGUCAACUCGGAGCAUUGCCGACAUAAGAUCUUCAACGCGACGUGGAUCAUCGAUGGACAAACGAAAAUGAAUACACUCUUUGGGAUGAUCCGCAAUACACACAAGGUAACGCCCGAAGGAACAAUCAGCGCAUACAGUGACAACGCUGCCGUCUUGAAGGGCGAAGUAGGUAGCCAAUGGGCUCCAGAUGAUGUAAAUGGACAGUGGAAACCUACCAAAGAAAGGGUUGAUUUCUUGAUCAAGGUUGAAACACAUAAUCAUCCCACAGCUGUUUCUCCUUUCCCAGGUGCCGCUACUGGUUCUGGAGGUGAGAUCAGAGAUGAGGGUGCUACCGGACGAGGCUCCAAGCCUAAAGCUGGACUUGCGGGCUUUUGUGUCUCUGAUCUGCUGAUCCCGGGUCAUCGCCAACCCUGGGAACUCGACUAUGGCAAGCCACAUCAUAUCGCCAGCAGUUUGGACAUUAUGCUCGAAGCACCCAUUGGCAGUGCAGCAUUCAAUAAUGAAUUUGGCCGACCUUGCACGACCGGCUAUUUCAGAACACUCUUGACUGAAAUGAAGACGGACAAGGAUUCCUCGGAAGUCAGGGGCUACCACAAACCUAUCAUGAUUGCUGGUGGUGUCGGCACCGUUCGACCGGAGCUCGCACUCAAGGACCCUGAUCUUGUGGAGGAUGGUGCAAAGCUAAUAGUCAUGGGUGGACCAGCCAUGCUUAUCGGCCUGGGUGGCGGGGCUGCCUCCAGCAUUACCUCUGGCGAGGGAUCCGCGGAUUUGGACUUUGCCAGCGUCCAACGUGGUAACCCUGAGAUGCAGCGUCGGGUUCAGGAAGUCAUCAACGCCUGCGCAGCACUUGGCGCGGACCGGAAUCCCAUUGCCUUCAUACACGAUGUUGGUGCAGGCGGACUUUCCAACGCUUUGCCAGAACUGGCGAAAGACUCGGAGCUUGGUGCAAAAUUCGAGCUUCGUGAGGUCGCCUGUGCAGAUAAGAGCAUGAGUCCUCUGCAGAUAUGGUGCUGCGAGGCCCAGGAACGGUACGUUCUCGCCGUGAAACAAAAUGAUCUGAACAAAUUUGCCUCAAUCGCUAAGCGAGAACGUUGCGAAAUAUCGGUGGUAGGCCACGCAAGCAUUGAACAGGUCCUCAAGCUCACGGACCGUGACAAUCCUGCCGAUUCACACGGCCAGCAAGAUCCAAUUGACUUGCCCAUGGAUGUCCUGUUUGGCAAGCCUCCCAAGAUGACACGAAAUGUGACAUCACGAAAAGUCGACCUGCCAGCGUUCGAUACCAGUUUGAGUAUGUAUGUACCACAAGCUUCGACUCAAGGUCUGCUUGAGGAAGCUAUUGACCGAGUUCUACACAUGCCAGCUGUCGGUUCGAAAUCGUUCCUGAUAACGAUUGGCGAUCGCACAGUAGGAGGCUUGACUGCCAGAGAUCAGAUGGUCGGGCCGUGGCAAGUUCCUGUGGCCGACGUGUCGGUAACAGCUACGUCUCUCACCACUGGAAUCAAAACCGGCGAAGCGAUGGCUAUGGGCGAGAAACCAACGAUCGCUCUGAUCUCACCCACUGCAUCUGCUCGGAUGGCGGUCGCCGAAUCGCUCAUGAACCUGACAGCUGCAGACCUCCACGAUCGACUCCAUCAAGUGAAAUUAUCCGCGAACUGGAUGUCUGCCGCAAGUCACCCGGGUGAGGGUGCAGCCAUAUACGAAGCAGUCGAGACACUCGGCAUGGACCUUUGUCCCAAACUCGGCAUCUCUAUUCCUGUCGGCAAAGACUCAAUGUCGAUGAAAAUGAAAUGGCAAGAUCAGCAGAGCAAGGAACCCAAAGAAGUCACGGCGCCCCUGUCGCUCGUCAUUUCCGCCUUCGCACCCGUCAAUGACAUUAGAAAGACCUGGACACCGCAACUCCGCCGAUACAAUGAAGUCGGCGACACGACCCUCUUCUUUGUCGACCUGGGCGUCGCCCACCGCGCGCUCGGCGGCUCGAUUCUUGCGCAAUCCUUCAAGCAGAUUGGCGACGAAGCUCCCAACAUCCGCGACGUCCGCCUAUUCCAGGACUUCUUCGACGCAACCCAGAAAAUGCACCAGCAGGAUCUGGUCCUGGCCUACCACGACCGUUCGGACGGUGGUCUCUUCACCACGCUCGCAGAAAUGUCCUUCGCCGGCCGCUGCGGCAUCGACAUCAUGCUCACGAAAGAAAUAUGCCCAUCGACCAACACGCCGGACGUCAUCUCCGCACUCUUCAACGAAGAACUCGGCGCCGUCUUCCAAGUCCGCAGCGCAGACGAAAACCGAUUCAAAGCGUGCUUCGCCACUUGCGGACCGCCGCCCGGUCUGAUCCACAAGAUCGGCGCCGUAUCCAAGGCGUCCCAAAACCUGGUCAUCUACCACGGCGGCAGGUUCGUCUACCGCGCUACGCGUACCGACCUCCAGAAGAAAUGGUCAAACACGUCGUACUGGCUGCAGCGCAUGCGUGACAACCCAGCCUGCGCGGACGCCGAGUAUGCCAACAUCUCCAAGGACACAGACCCAGGCUUAAGCUAUCACCUGACUUACACUCCCAAGGAGAGCAUCGCCACAUACAAGACCAGCCUGAUCAACUACGUCCGGCCAACUGCUCGACCUCGCGUCGCUAUCCUGCGCGACCAGGGCACCAACGGCCACGCGGAAAUGGCAUUCGCCUUCGACGCCGCCGGCUUCACGGCCGUCGACGUGCACAUGUCCGACAUCCUCGAAGGCCACGGCCACUUGGGGGCCAUGCAGGACUUGUCAACAUUCACCGGGCUCGCACUAGCCGGCGGCUUCAGUUUCGGCGACUGCCUGGGUGCUGGCCAGGGCUGGGCGAAAUCCAUUUUGUUUCACUCCGACACCCGGCGCAAGUUUCAAGCCUUCUUCGAGCGCAAGGACACUUUCACCCUUGGCGUCUGCAACGGCUGCCAAGUCCUGAGUAAACUCAAGGAGUUGAUCCCCGGCGCAGAGAAGUGGCCGAGCUUCGAACGCAACGAGUCCGAACAGUACGAGGCGCGUGUCGCAAUGGUCCGCAUCACCGAUCCACCUGCCGAUAGCGCCGUGCCUCAGUCGGUCUUUUUCCACGGCAUGAGCGGCUCGAGUCUGCCUAUUGCUGUAGCCCACGGGGAGGGCCGCGCGUGUUUCACCGAGACAAACAACAAGGCGCUCGAUGCGAGCCUGGCAAACGAUUUUGCGAACUCGCAUCUCGCGCCUAUCAAGUUCGUGGACAACAAAUCGUUGAUGCCGACGACGACUUACCCUAUGAACCCGAAUGGUAGUCCGGCGGGCAUUGCGGGUGUGCGUAGCCAGGAUGGUCGAGUGCUGGCGCUGAUGCCGCAUCCUGAGCGGACCAUCUUGUCCGGCAUUGGUAGUUAUAUUCCUGACGGCAAGGCUGCAGAGUGGGGCGAGUAUGGCCCUUGGGAGCGACUCUUCCAGAGUGCCCGGAGAUGGGUUGGAUGAGUGUUCUCGAUUGCAACGCUGGACCACAUUUGGAGGGUCGCCGCUAUGAAUAUGUACAUCAGAGUCAUUGUCAUUCAGGUUUUCAAUGGCAUAUAGAGUCUGUUUUUCCCCAGGGAGGAUAUUAGGAAAGCCUGUUCAAAUAAUCGUAGAAAUGCUUCUAAAUCAAUCCUGAAAAUGCCUAUCGGAGUACUAUACAAAA